AUGGAUGAAGUUUGCACUCAAUGGAAAAGGCUCAAACUUGAUGAUGAUGAUGAUGGUGGUGUAAUGAAAGACGAGCAAUUGCGGAAGAUUGCUUAUCUGGAAAUCACAGAUUUGAAACCACCAUCUCAACCGCUAAAAACAAAAGGUGCUCCUAAGAAGGGUAACGGUAACUGCGGUUUUCGAGUUGUUUCUGCUUUACUCAGUGAAGGAGAAGGGGAUCACACACUUGUUCGCCAUCAACUUAUCCAAUAUUGGAGGGGCCAUAAAGAAUCAUACACUUGCCUAUAUGAGAAAAAAGAAACUUUUGAUACAGUUUAUGAAUCUCUUGUUCCUUGCAUUAGUGGACCGACACCGGAGAAUAAAUGGAUGUGCUUCUAUGAAAUGGAGAAUUUUAUAGAAAAUGUGUAUGAUAGAGUGUGUGGAGAUCUUACAAGCUACAGUUUCUCAAAAACUUUUUUUCGAUUUCACACUGCCCCACCUAAGAAUCCAAAUGAUCGUAUCAUGUGUGUUGGGUGGAUUUCAAACCUGCGGCACUUCGUUCAAGUUUAUUUGAAACCGAAAUUUCCUAUACCACUCACAUCACAGAAGUGGACAACUAAUUCAACAACAAAAGUCGAGACUUGGCCAAACCAUUUUUGUGGAAAGGAUGCAAGAGUUCACCAAGCUGAGCGAAAUUGA